UGGUCCCCAGGAAUCUUGAACAUUGAGGGGCAGUGCGGGGACAUGAGUGACUCCUAUGACCAAGGUCUCCUGGAGGAGGAAGAGCUGAGAACCAGCUCCAUCAGACUUUUUGCAAGAGACUUAGGAUUCCGACAGAUCUGUGGCCUGAAGAGCUCUGCAGGGUGUCUGGGCCGCAGCCCCCUGCUGCUGCUGCUCCUCUACUUCAUGCUCCUCACUGGACUCCUGGUGACCGUCUUCGUCCAAGUCAGCAAGCUCCCCAGCUCCCUGGCGCAGGAGCGGUCGAAGCAGGAGGAGAUUUACCAGGAACUGACCCAGCUGAAGGCUGGAGUUCAUGAGUUCCCAGAGAGGUCCAGGCAGGAGGAGAUCUACCAGGAACUGACCCAGCUGAAGGCUGCAGUCGACCAACUGUGCCGCCCCUGUCCCUGGGACUGGACAUUCUUCCAAGGAAGCUGUUACUUCUUCUCCGACUCCCAACGGAACUGGCACGACUCCAUCACCGCCUGCCAGGAUGUGGGGGCCCAGCUGGUCAUCAUCAAAGGCGAGGAGGAGCAGAACUUUCUACAGCUGCAGAGUUCCAGGAGGAACCGCUUCUCCUGGAUCGGGAUGUCAGACCUGACUCAUGAAGGCUCGUGGCAGUGGGUGGAUGGUUCGCCUCUGCCGCCCAGCUUCACCAAGUAUUGGCAGCAAAAUCAGCCAGACAACUUCGAGAAUGAAGACUGUGUGGAAUUCGUAGACAGUAGCUGGAAUGACCAGAAAUGCGACAUUGCCAGAUUCUGGAUCUGCAAAAAGUCUGCAGCCUCCUGCUCCAGCGAGGAAGGGCGUUUUCCCCCCUCAGCCCCUGCUGCCCCAACCCUGUCUGCUGAACGGCAGAACGUUUCCCACUUUUAAGGCAAACUUCCUUCUCCCCUUCCGGAGACCUUAAUAAAACCCUUGCAGAUUCCUCAUCCCCCGUGGGCUUGGGUCCCGUUCCGUCCUUCCUCUGAUACCUGGCGGUUCUCCUGACUUAGAGGUUGUGGUUCCUGCCCAUCCCGGGAGCUUUCGCAGUGACCUGGUGUGGGUGCACUCAGGGCUUGGUGUGCUCCGUGAAUCUACUCUGUCUUCUCUCCAAGAUCAGACUAUUGGACUGGCCACGUGCAGCUGCCAUGUUCGUGGGGCUUC